AGCCUUAGGCCUGGGCUCCUUCCACUCAUGGCUCUGUGUUCCCCCAGAAUUCACUGUCUCUAGCACCUGCUCCUCCUCAGAGGGUACCCUGGAAUGACAAUGGCACUUCCGAUGCCUGGACCCCAGGAGGCUGUUAUGUUCGAGGAUGUGGCUGUGUACUUCACGAGGAUAGAGUGGAGUUGCCUGGCCCCCGACCAGCAGGCCCUCUACAGGGACGUGAUGCUGGAGAACUAUGGGAACCUGGCCUCGCUAGGCUUUCUUGUUGCCAAACCAGCACUGAUCUCCCUCUUGGAGCAAGGAGAGGAGCCGGGGGCCUUGAUUCUGCAGGUGGCUGAACAGAGCGUGGCCAAAGCCAGCCUGUGCACAGAUUCCAGGAUGGAGGCCGGGAUCAUGGAGUCUCCUCUGCAGAGAAAGCUCUCCAGGCAGGCAGGACUGCCGGGCACCGUGUGGGGGUGCCUCCCCGGGGGGCACCCCGCACCACCCCACCCACGUGGCAGUCCUGAGGACGGGUCAGAUAAACUCACCCGCCCCCGGGCUCGGGAGCGCAGCGCCUCCCCAAGGGUUCUGCAGGAAGACCCGGGCCGGCCCGUGGGGAGCUCAGACCCCCGCUACAGGUGCGUGUGCGGCAAGGCGUUCAGAUACAACUCACUGCUGCUCAGGCACCAGGUCAUCCACACCGGCGCCAAGCCCUUCCAGUGCACGGAGUGCGGGAAGGCCUUCAAGCAGAGCUCCAUCCUGCUGCGGCACCAGCUGAUCCACACCGAGGAGAAGCCGUUCCAGUGCGGCGAGUGCGGCAAGGCCUUCCGGCAGAGCACGCAGCUGGCUGCCCACCACCGCGUCCACACCCGCGAGCGGCCCUACGUGUGCGGCGAGUGCGGCAAGGCCUUCAGCCGCAGCUCCCGGCUACUGCAGCACCAGAAGUUCCACACCGGGGAGAAGCCCUUCGCGUGCACCGAGUGCGGCAAGGCGUUCUGCCGCAGGUUCACCCUCAACGAGCACGGCCGCAUCCACAGCGGGGAGCGGCCCUACCGGUGCCUGCGGUGUGGGCAGCGCUUCAUCCGAGG